AAUAUCACAGUUCCAGAGUUGUAGCGUUCUCAACACAUCUAGACAAAAUGUCAUUUAGCGGAUCUUUUGGCGGAGGCCGUGGUGGCGGCGUUAGUUCAACAACAAUGAUGGUUGAGUCUUCAAAUGUGGGAAAGAUCAUAGGUCGUGGUGGAAGUAAAAUCAGAGAUCUAAAACAAGACAGUAAUGCCAGAAUCAAAAUAUCCAGAGAUGAGGAUGAGGAUGGAAUGAAAUCUGUUGAAAUCAGUGGAACAACGGAAGAGAUUGAAAAUGCCAAGAGAUUAAUUGAAGAAUGCCUUAGUGGUGGUGAUUAUAAUGGUGGUGGAGGUAGACGUGGUGGAUAUGGCGGGGGGCGUGGAGGACGUGGUGGAGGAGGAUAUGGCAGAAGAGAUGACGGUGGAGGAUGGGGCAGAAGAGAACGUGAUAGCGGCGAUGGAUGGGGUAGGCGAGAUGAUUAUGAUAGAGGAAGCCGUGGUGGUGGUGGCGGCGGUGGUAGAGGCUUUGGAGGUGAUGGUGGUGGCGAAUCUGAAACAAUUUAUGUUGAGUCAUCUGAAGUAGGCAGAAUCAUCGGUCGUGGUGGAAGCAGAAUACGAGACAUGGAAGCAGACAGUGGUUGUCGGAUAAAGGUGUCACGUGAUGGCGACUCAUCUGGUAGAAGUUCUGUUGAGUUAUCUGGGAGCAAAAACGCUAUUUCUGAAGCAAAAAGGCUUAUUCAAGAUGCUGGAGUUGAAAUUGUUAAUGGAAACGAUCGUGGCCGUGGUUGGUGAUUUAUUCAACUAUUUUCAGCAGAUAAAAGCAUCAAGGACUCACAAGAUUUUCAUCCAAGUUGCAAUGUCAUCAUUUUUAUUUUUUACUUUUUUUUGAGUAUAGUUACCAAGUCAUGUAUCAUUUAUCAUCCAGACCAGCUUAAAUUAUUUUUAAAUUCUCGGAAAAUUUGAGUCUUGCUCACUCGUGCAGAAUGUCAGAUGUUAUAUAUAAUUGGACUUAACUCUGGAGAAAUCUAAUGUAUAUACUAUUCGCAAACUUGAUAUGUUCACUGAGCGACGCCAGAUUUUAAAGUAUUGGUCUUAUUGUUUUUAAAAUCGUGUUCAUUGUGCAUUUUAUGCUUACAAAUUUCCAGCUUUGAAUAAACAAAACAAAUUAAAA